UCGUGACACUAAGGCUGUGUAUGAUACACCCUUGUGGUGGGACCCUUCUCCGGACACCGCGUAUAGCAGUAGCUUUAGUGCACCUGACUGUCUUUUUUUUUUUUAAUUUCAUGCAAAGCUAGUUAUCCUAGUAAACCUUGCAUCAAAUUGACUUAAAACAUACACCUGUUUCAUGUUUUAGUGACUUUUGUUGUAAGCAAAGUGGUGUUUGUGUAGUCAUUAUGUAUGCUUGUUAAUUUUUAGAGGUCAAACUUCUUUUCUCUAGAAAUGUGUUGUGUGUUAUUCACCAAUAGCAGUUGGAUGUAUCGGGGCGAGGAGCGGUAGAUGUAGGCCGAGAAAGUAUUGGGAAGAGGUGAUUAGAUAGGAUUUGACUCAUCUUCAAUUUAUUAAGACAUGACUUUAGGUAGGAGGAUAUGGAGGUCGUAGAGAAGGAUUGAAGGUUGGUAGGUAGUGUAUGUUGUCUUAGUAUUAGUCUAUUCUUGUAAAUUUUGUAGUCUUUAGUUUGGUGGUAGUCUAGAGCUCUAUGUCUGAUGUCUAUCGUAUGAUUAACUUACUCAUGUAGUCUUUGGAUUUUGGUCUAUAUGAUCAUUUGUUAUUUACUAUAUUUAAGUGGUCGCACCUUAUUAGAUGUUAUAGAUUCUUUGUAUAUGUUCUCCAUAUUGCUCUCAUAUUAGUUGUCAUGUUUUUCUUCAUUGCCGUUUUUCCUUUCAAUGAGAACUUCGAUUUGCUUCUCUCGAGGGUCUUUCGAAAAUCGUCUCUCUACCUUCAAGAGGUAGAGGUAAAAAAGUGGGAAUUCACUGGGUAUGUUGUUGUAUUAAAUCACUACUUAAUACGAAACGAACGAAACAGAGGUAGUAAUGAAAUGCUUGAGCCACAAAUAAAAUUCAAAAUGCAACAAGUAUGUUUAGGAAAUAAAUGGUAGAAGUACUUAGCACUUGUGGUCUAUGUACUAGGGAUUAAUCAUCUAAUAGUAUUUUGCUUGAAAACUUCUUGAUGAAGAUUAAACAAUAACAAAUUAUGUGGGGUGGGGUGGGGGUUCAUGAAGGCAGAUCGAAAACAACAAAUUUUGUAGGGGUAGGGGGUUGAAGUAAAAACGACAAAGUUGCACACAACCAGAGGUAACGGAUGAAAAUUUGGUUGGAUUUCGUUUUUUUCCUUCACACUUUUGGUGAAGGGUCGAGGUUAGUUGACACAUGUCAUUGUGAAUGACACUCUUUUUGCCCAAAUUUGACCAUUUUCACUUUUCAGUAAUUGAGUGGAAAAUUGGGUGCUUAUGGGUCUUUGGCCAUUUCAGGUUGGUGAUAUAAUGACAAGUACCAUUUAUGUUUGUUAGAUUAUAAUUUUUUUUCUUUUUAUGAAAUUAUUAAUUUUGAGAUUGUGGGGCGGGUUGUAGUCUUUGGAGGUAGAAAAUAUAAACGGAGAAAAAAAGGUAAAGUGAGUGAUAGGAAGGCAUACAAUUGAGGUAAAAAUGGUAAGAAACGUACCUCAAUCUCUCUCAGUUGGCGGCAGCGGCAGAGGAGGAGGAGCAUCAUCGUCGUCUCAUGGUGCUGGAGCCUCGAUUAAUAUGGAUAGCCAAAUGCAAGUUGCUGAACAACUUGUUCUCGAUCUUCGUUACCCUGUUCGUCGUGAACGCGCUCUUUUAGAACUUUCGAAGAAGAGGGAACUUUUCCAUGAUUUGGCACCAUUGUUGUGCAACUCAUUUGGUACUUCCACUAUAUUCCUACAGGAGAUAAUUUCUAUAUACCCCUUUUUGUCGCCGCCAAACCUGACUCCUGCACAAUCAAAUAGAGUUUGUAAUGUACUGGCACUUCUUCAGCAAAUAUUCCUUCUUAUCUGUAUGCUUUUCUUGUUACAACAAGCAACUCUAGACCUUUUGAAUAUUUGAGGCUUGCUAGCUUAGGUGUCAUUGGCGCCCUUGUGAAGGCAGAUGACACUGAAGUUAACCGUGCUCUUCUUUCACAAGAGAUAAUUCCGAGUUUCUUGCGCUCGAUGGACAUUGGAUGUGAACUAUCCAAAACAGUUAGUGCUUCCCCAAAGCCUGUUUCCAGUUUCAUCCGCCCUCGACUUACUUGAGAAAAAAUUGAAGAAUAGGUGUCUUUUAAGUCUUGAAUGAAGGAUUGGUGACAUUGAAUAACAGAUAGGGUCAAACAUUAUUAGGAAACUUGAUCAAGUUAAUUGUGGACUUGAUUAAUUUUUCAAAACUUUCUAAUCUUUUCAAAAAUACAAAUCAACCCAACCCACACCCUCUUCAAUCCAAAUCAACCACACUCUCCUCUCUUUCGAUAGCUUCUCUCAGCUCUCUCCCAACCAACAGUUCUGCAAAAUUUCUCCUUUCAACCCUCGACGACAAAUAGUUGGGCUUCGAGUUUCCCUCUUCAAUUCAAUCAAUCUGUCUCUCAUCCCUUUCUUAACAACUUCUCUCAACUCUCUCCCAACCAACUGUUCUGCAAAUUUCUUAUUUCAAUCCUUGGCAACUUCAACAUCCGACUACAAAUAGUUGGGAUUCUAGUUCCUUUUCGACUUCAAUCGACAUGACAGUCUUGCUCUCCGGCCACAACAGCUUCGAAUUCUUCAUCGGUUCUUUUCUUCUUUCACAGGUAAAAAUUUAUGGCCUUUUUAGUUUUGAAGAAAAUGAGGAACUUGAGCCAACUUCUCUU